ACAGCGGCCCUCGACGACUGGAACUGGCCACCCCUGGACUGUAGUCGAACUAUUUUUGUGCAAAUGACAGCAAAAUUUGAAUCUUGAAAAUAAAAUAAAAUAAAUGCAUCAGCAAAAACCCAGACAAGCCAAAGUAGAACAAAGCCCCACACUACUUUCAAUAGGCUACUGAUGUAUGGCAAUAAAUCGUCCAAAGGAGGUUGCGGUGUUAUCAGUUUAAAUUAGAGCUACAGAAAGUCUCAAUGGACUACCACCUAGAGAGGCUGGGUCACGUGACCAGAUAGUUACCUGCCUACCUUAUGUUUCAUUUAACACAGCACACUAUACAGUAAUUCGACUUUUUGUCAUGGACUGGGCUACGACGGACAUACAUAUCACAGUGCAACUUCAGUGAGAAAAUUCUACUUUCCCAGGCAUUUUGUCGUCCGUUUACCGCAGCGUUCUGGUUCAGGCAGCGGUUUCAUCGCUGGGUUGCCAAAGCGUCAAGUAACCAUGGAGACAUAUCUUAGCUGGCUGGUGUUACACAACUCAUACAUUAGCUUCCAUUUUAUUUACUUGUUCUAAAAGAUAAAGCAGCUUACUUUGCCUUUCACUCAAACGCUUGAAGCGCUUUGGGGCAAUGUAACAGCCAGAAUAUUUAUGUAUGUAGGUUAAACACACAGGUCAAAUAUUUAUUCGACCGUUACCUGACGUAAAAUGUUCAAGAAUAAUUAUCAGGGCGGAGCUGUGGUUGAGAUCUUCAGUGGACAGGGAAAAGACCCUGUAGCAAAAUGGAAACUUUGCGGGGGCCCUUCGGCCAUUCAUAAGGAGUAUAAUAAAGAAGUCAAAGGAUUUGUUUAUUGCCUGGAGGGAAGCAGCCAGACAGUCAAGAUGCAAAUGCCAGAGAAUGGGAAAAUGUCUCUUGGACUUCUCCAAAGAUUUCUGGUUCUUCAAGUGAAUAUUCCUCAGUGCAAAGACUUUUCUCUUGAACUUGUAAUAACUGAUUCAGAGCACCUGAAAAGAAGACUUCACUUAUCAACAGUGCAUAAAGAGCUGUCUGCCACACUUCUGCAUGCAAAGAUACCUUUUGUGGAAUUGAAACGCAAUAUUUGGUCCACUUUGUGCAUCGAUCUUGUAUCAUUCACUGCUGAACUGUUCAAGGGAUUUUUGACACUGGAUGGCAUCACUUUGUUUGCUACCUGUAAAGUCCGCAGAAUCUUCACCAUGAAAACUGAGCCUACAGGAAUGUCAGAUGACGAUAUGUUUUUCAGUGGAGCUGGUCUUAUGGACUUGAUCCCGCGCAGCUGCCAAUUCCCUCCAGAUGUAAACCACAUAAUAGUGAUGGUGAACAUGGAAAAUUUGCGGAAGGCGGAUACGAGGAAUAAUCUGGUGAACUCUGACUGUGUUCCUGAUCGGUCUGCCUCUGCCAGAUUAACCGGUUAUCGACAAACCAGGCCCCUGGGUGUUUUACACUCAGCCUCAGGCUCCAGGGCUUCAGGACUAGCUCCUCAGGCUGGAAGAAAAGGCAGUGCAGCCUCAGAUGGAAUGGAUAGAAGUGCACUCUUCAUCUCCAAUAUGGGGUCCUCAUCCAUUAGAAUGAACCAGAAGGUUUAUGCAGAAAGUCAGAGCGUUGGUAACCUAAGCGAGAAUUUAUCACAUGGAGAACAAUUGCACGCUUUUGAAAGGGGAACACCUGGCAGUUUACAGCCCCAUCCCCCAAAAGACACACUGUUUGACAAGCAGUCAUCAAAGAGGUUACGGGUCCUCAGUGCAGUAACAGAUGCUGCUCCUGGUGACCACAAAAAGAGUAAUAAAACCAAAGAGAAGAGCACCCCUCUGUCCAGUAGGCAAGAGAGCAGGCAGCAGCCGCUGACCCUAACAGAAAAGAUAAAGCACCUAACAGCAGACGAUCAUAGCUUUAGUCCUGCAAAGAAAAGUUCCAGUGCAGCUCCCACAUCAGCAGAGUCCUUCUCCUGCUCGAUCCGGCCAGGUUUGUCUUCUGACCUGCAGGUCUGGAGCAGCUGGGAGAGUAAUGAGGGGUCUGAGCCCCAGCUCACUCUGCGAGAGGAGGUGUUCACUUUUUCAUCCCAGCCUCAUUCACCCAAACGAGGGCAAGGCCAAGGUGACCAGGAGAAGAUGGAAAUGGGAGAUAACCAGGUUCAGAGCAAAAGCGGGAGGCGAUAUGAGGCCCAACUUGAAGAUGACUUUAUUGGGAGUGAAAGUGAUGAGGAUAAGAGCUACAUCACCUUCCAGCAUUACAAAAAUAGUGUUGAGUCCAACCCUGCCACUCCCAGAACUCCUGAUCCAACUUUAAAUGCGCAUCUUGAAGACCAUGUUGAAUUUCAUAACACGGACCAGACAUUACCGGAAGAUUCCGGUCAAGAUACCACAGAUGUGCAGUCUUUAGCCAAUGAGAGAACUCAACAGGCUGGGAUGGUCCCCACACGCUGCCUCUCACCGAGUGCGACAUCCAGCAAACAGGAACACCAGUGUGCACCUCAUAGAUCAAACUCAGUGAACCAGGAUUUGGUUGGGAACGGCAGUGUAUCACUUUCUAGGAGACUCCUGCAAGAAGUCAGACUAGAUGACUUCCCACAGCACAAGGAUGAAGAUGAGACACUGAAGUCUUUCGAUUGCAGUCACUCUGACUUGCACCUACUUGGCAGUCUACGGAUGCAUAGGGAUGAUGAUGAGGAGCUCCAAAUGCUGGCGAGUCUCAGAAGAGAGCAAGAGGAAGAUGAGUGUAGAGCCGCAGGCCUCAGUGCAUCUCAGAUCCACCAGUGUAAUGUCAGCAUCAGCAUGAGCAGUGAUGACACCUCAACUUGGACCCAUAUCUCCAUGUUUCAGCCAGCUAAUCAGGGGCACCACUAUCAGAAUGAAAUGAACCCUCUCCUACACUCAAACCCCAGGGAGUGGAUGGACGUCCUCAGCCCUCCUAUCUUGCCUCCCAGCCAGCAGAGAAGGUCAGGCAACACAUGGGACAAUCGGGAAAAUCUAGUUCAAGGAGAGGAUGAGUCUGUGAAUGAAGAGGAGAAUGAGGAUGACUAUUUGAAUUUACUCUAUGAUCCUUGCCUGAACUGCUACUUCGAUCCAAAGACGGGGAAGUACUAUGAACUAGCUUGAGUCAAAGCUUCAAGUGAAUUCAAAUUAAUAAAUCACAAGUUAUUGAUCGUGGAUGAAUGCCUUCAGAAUUUUUUUAGGUCUAGCUUUAUUGAUGAGUGAUGAGCAUCCCAUUCAGAACAACAUUUUUAUGUUGCUGCAUUUGUUUUCGAGACACUGUCAGGAGCUUUGUGUCACCAUAAGUGGUGUCAUGUUAGUGUGUACGCGAGCGGGACUCGAUAAAUCAGAUACAAGGUUUUUGCGAGGAGUGGAGUUGUUGCCCAUUCAGUAGCACAUCUGAUGGUAAAAUGAGGCUUUUCAUGACUCUUGGCUAUCAAAUUAAUAUGUAAGCUUUUUGAAAGAACAUCCUGGAGCUUAUUUUUAUAAGAUUUCUAAACUUGGGUU